AUGGUUGACGCCACUGCCAACGGAUCUUCUUCCUCCAACGUAGUCUUGAUUACCGGUGCAGCAGGAUGGUUAGGUGGUAUUCUCGCCUCUGAACUUCUUUCCGACCCCAAAACACCCAAUGUCAAAUUGAUCUUGGCCGAUAUCGUUGAACCUAAAGCUCCCAAGGGCGCUCAGCACGCUUUGACUUUCAAAGCUGAUUUGACAAACCCCGAAUCGAUCUCUACCCUCUAUGACACUGAAUUCGGUACCCCAGAUACCGUUUACUGUUUCCAUGGAAUUAUGAGUAGAGGUAGUGAAGAUAAUUUCGAUUUGGGUUUGAAGGUCAACAUCGACUCCAUUCGAUACAUGCUCGAAGCAGCCCGUAAACGAAAGACCGCUUCUGGUGAAUUGAUCAAAUUCAUCUUCACCUCUUCCUUGGCAGUAUACGGUGGACCCCUUCCCCACGUUGUCGAUAUCCACACUAUCGCUACUCCCGAAGGAGCCUAUGGAAUGGGUAAACUCUCUUCUGAAUUAUUGGUCAAUGAAUAUUCCAGAAGAGGUUUUGUCGACGGUAGAAUCCUCAGAUUACCUACUAUCGUCGUUAGACCUGGUGUUCCUUCCGCUGCUACCUCCGCCUUCAUCAGUGGUAUCAUCAGAGAGCCCCUCCAUGGAGUAGAAGCCAUUUGCCCAGUAGGAAAUGGACUGGAUUCACCAGAGCUGGAAUUAGCAGCUUGGGUCGCUUCUCCAGAGAUCACUAUACAGAACUUUGUUAUUGCCAAACAUAUUCCAAAGGAAAAGUUCUUGCCUCAUACUAGAGUUGCCUACUUACCUGGUUUCACUACCACUGUAAGAGAAGAACUCGAGGCUUUGGCUACUGUAGCUGGUAAAGAUGCUUUGAAAUUGGUCACUUUCAAGGAUGACCCAACGAACCGAAGAAUCGUCUCAUCAUGGCCCGCUCGAUUCAACAACGAAUACCCAUUAUCACUUGGUUUCGUCGUCGAUCAAGGUGGUAUGGUACCUAUCGUGCAGAGAUUCAAGGAUGCCGUCGAAGCUGGUCUUGCUUAA